CUAAUACUACGGAUGCUUUAAAAACCACUCACCAGUCACCACUCUUGGAAAUCUUCAGCCUCUGGAAUCUUCGCCCCCUCCAUCCCCUCGCGUAUCUGUGUUUGAAGAUGCCAAAAGAUCAGAGGGUGAAUUCAUUGUCAACCAACCGGGCUAGGGCAUCUCCUUAUCCAUGCAGCUUAAGGGAUGCUAGCCCCAAGUCUGAAAGCUCUUUGCCAAAUGUAGGGGAUGAGAAAGAGUGGGAGGAAGCUAGGUGCCCAAUAUGUAUGGAGCACCCACACAAUGCUGUUCUAUUACUCUGUUCCUCUCUUGGAAAAGGUUGCAGGCCUUACAUGUGCGACACAAGCUACCGCCAUUCAAAUUGUCUCGACCAAUUUUGUAAGUCAUCUGCUGCAGCACAAUCAAUAUCUAUCCCAGUAGCUAAUACCACAUCAGGGACAGCUUUUCAUAGAGGUAGAACUUAUGCACAGUUCAGGUCUCUAGGGGGCCAACAACUUGUUUGCCCUCUUUGCCGGGGCCAGAUUGAAGGAUGUCUUGUUGUGGAGUCUGCUCGGGCAGUUAUGGAUUCAAAGCCAAGGAGUUGUUCACUGGAGACAUGCAAUUUCACUGGUACAUAUAUUGAACUGAGAAAGCAUGCUAGAAACGAACAUCCCUCUUUCCGUCCAUCGGAGGCUGAUCCUAGUCGAGAGUCUGAGUGGAGGAGGUUGCAGGUCCAGAGGGACUUUGGGGAUACUCUUAGUGCAUAUCAAUCACAGUUUGGGGAUGAUUUGGGUGAAGUAGACCUUCUAACUGAUUUUCCCCUUGAUGGGGGUGCAUUCAUUGACCUUGAUGGAGUCCUCCCACAGGCAGAAGAUGAAUGGGGUGAUGAGAAUGGUUUCCCAAUGGAUUUUGAACUUGAACUCUCCUUUACUUUUCUGAAUGAUUUAGUAUUUGAUUCUUGGGCGUGGGAUGACUCGUUGGAUGCUGAUAGUGAAAUGAUGGUUGCUAGUCCACCUGAAACAAGGUCGAGAAGAUCAACAGCGACUUCAAAUUAUUACUGGGAAGGUUUGGAUGCUAAUAGUGAACCUGAAACAAGGUCGAGAAGACCAACAGCGACUCCAAAUUAUUACAGCGAAGGCUUGGAUGCUGCUGAUAGUGAAAGGAUUAUUGCUAGACCACCUGAAACAAGACCAAGAUCAAGAAGAUCAACACUGACUUCAAAUUAUUACAGGGAACGUUCGGAUGCUGAUAGUGAAAGGAUUAUUGCAAGACCACCUGAAACAAGGUCAAGGAGAUCAACAGCGACUUCAAAUUAUUACAGGGAUGGUUCCAGCUCUAGACGAAGCACAGACAGACUGCUUGACAGUAGGUCUAGGAAUUCAACAUCGCGUCUGAAUUACCAUAGUGGGUCUAGGAAUUCAACAUCGCGCCAUUACUAUAGUGGGUCUAGGAAUUCAACAUCACGCCAUUACUACUAUAGUGGGUCUAGGAAUUCAACAUCUCGCCUGAAUUACCAUAGUGAUGGUUCUGCCUCCAGACGGAGCACAGAUUGAUCAGCAAGGCGCCGCAACAUCAGCAUGUGUGGUCACAGCGAGAUUAUGAAAUUGAAAGAUUGUAGGUUUUUUUGGGCCUUAUGUUUGCUUUUAUUAUUAUGUACUAGUGCUCCUUGAUAAUUCAUGUUCUCAUACAUAAAUGAUCAUUUAUAUUUUCUGGUUAAAGCUCCCAAUUUAUUUGAAACUGUUGCAUUUCAGUUGUACUGAAAUAAAAUUAGUAGAACUUUUGAACUUAGUGUAAUGACUCGUGUGAUGUGUAAUCACUCUCCAUUUACUGAACAUUUUUUUUUGAAACCA